ACAGGUCGCUGUGCUCCACGCAGUCCAACUUCCUACCCACUAACAUCCUUCACAUACUCUCGCUUGACCCUUCACAUCCAACACUUUUGCUCGGACACUUUGAGUUGCGGCUUAUACAGACGAGAGAAGGCGCGUGAAGCCCGAUUGCCAUGGAAACCGUGCUGCUGUGCUGAUAGCGUCUUUCAAAAGCCGUCCGAUAAACCUGUUGGAUAGUCUCUUUUUUUUUUCUCUUGCCUUUCUGUGGCCAUACAUUCAGUUUUAAUUUGGCACAUUAGAAACAGGCAAGUAUGACAGAGCCUCAAAGCGAAAAACGCUUCCACAACUUGACCCUGGAGCAACUUCAAGCUCUGGAUAAAGUCCUGACCGAGAUCAUUCCCAUCCACGGGCGAGGGAAUUUUCCCACACUGCAGGUGAGUGCUAAAGACAUCAUCCGUGUGGUGAAAGACCGCCUCGUGGAAAGAAACAUCCGGGUUAAGGACGUGCGCCUCAACGGGACGACGGCCAGCCACGUCCUCGUAAGGGACAACGGCCUGGGCGUUAGGGACUUGGACAUCAUUUUCGGAGUGGAGCUCCCCAGGCAGGAUGACUUCCAGGUAAUCAAGGAGGCGGUGCUGGGAAGCCUUCGAGACCUCCUGCCGUACGGAGUUAACCGGCGCAAGAUCACCUGCCUCACCAUGAAAGAAGCUUACGUGCAAAAGAUGGUGAAAGUGUUCAACGAGCAUGACCGAUGGAGCCUCAUCUCUCUGUCCAACAACAAAGCCAAAACAGUGGGCUUGAGAUUCGUCAGUGCCCUUCGCAGGCAAUUUGAAUUCAGCGUGGAUUCCUUCCAGAUUAUCCUGGACCGAAUGUUAGAAUCGUACUGGGAGAACGACAGGAAACAAGGGAGGAAGCCGUCUUUGGAAGCUCAGAAGUUAGCCGGUGAAGACAAGGAAGCGGGAAACCGGGAGGGUGAGGAUUCACCUGUUCUUCAGAUCGACCCUAAAGAGUUGUCUUGUGGAGGGACGGCGCAUCAGAGUGAAUCUGCGAAGGAGAAAGAGCUUCCUCAGGCAGAGACUAAAGAGUCUGAGGGACAAGUGGUAUCUGAGGGUGUCCUCUUCAAUCUUAACUCUGAGGACAAAGAGCCAGAAGCGAACGCUCAAUCAGAAGAGGAUGUUCCCUUUCAGAUAGGUGAUGACAAGGAAGACUUUUCAAAGGUGGAUUCAUCUUCUACCUGUGCAAGUUUAAAGCAGCAGCUUCAAGAUGAAGCUUCUCAUUCGUGCAUCUCCGUGGCUAAGUCAUCUGCGCAGGACUGCGUCCAAGGAGAAUCUGCCUUCUCCAGUCCGCGAGAGUCCCAUCACGAGGUCUUUCCUUCUCCUCCCCCGCCUAAAAAAACCUGCAGCACAUCCCCGGAGGUGGUACCGGACUACUGCCCCUCGCCUAAACUUCAACGAAAAAUGUCACGCAAGAUGAUCCGCAGUCCAGAAAAGUGGUCUUUGCUUACAGAUGUGUCCGAUAUGACCACUCAGAUGUUUGCACCGAUAGAGAUACCGACUCAGGUGAAGCAUCCGUUGCAGGAAGGCGCUCACGGAACAGCUUCUUCACAUGUGAGCUCGGCCAAUGUUAGUCUAAUCCGGACCGGACACGGAAGCGAUCCGGCUGCUGAGUUGAGCGUGAAACCCGAACGUUCGGAGAAACCUCCGGACUUUGACGCCGGAGGCAACGCGAGUGAAGCGGAUGUAGGACCGACUCCCGCGGAAGCUCCUCCACCUGGCUGUACAUUGAGCUCGUGGGGGUCCUCAGUGACUGUAGAAGCGGAGUGCACAUACGGCGACUUCGAGCAGGCCGUGGAGCAUCUGCGGCGACGCCUCAUCGCCACCCACCACCCCGAGGAGAUCCGGGGCGGCGGCCUUUUGAAAUACUGCGAGCUCCUGGUGAGGAACUUCCGUCCGGCUAGCGAGACGGAGAUCAAGUCUUUCGAAAGAUACAUGUGCUCGCGCUUCUUUAUCGAUUUUCCCGACGUGAAGGAGCAGCGCCGCAAGAUGGAGGCCUACCUGCAAGGCCACUUCACGGGCGGCGAGGAGGGCAGUAAGUAUGACUACUUGAUGACGCUGCGGCGCGUCAUCGACGAGAGCACCGUGUGCCUGAUGGGCCACGAGAGGAGGCAGACCCUCAACAUGAUCACCGUCCUGGCGCUGAGGAUUCUGGGGGAGCAGAACGCUAUCCCCAACGCCGCCAACGUCACCUGCUUCUACCAGCCGGCCCCUUACGUGAGCGAGCCCAUUUACGGCAGUUACUUCAUCGCGCAGCCCACCCAACCCUCGCUGAUCUACCACCCCUACCCGCUGCACGUGCACAUGCAAAGCGGCCCGGUGUAGCCACGGCGUCGUGCCCUCUGGGGGGGCGGGAAGGCGGUUUUAACGUGUGCCGACGCGGAUUAAGGAUGUGUGGCACCCCCGGGCGCGGCGCCCUUUAAUGACAUCUU